CCCAGAAGAAAACAUGUGCCAAUGUGGCUGGUGGAAACUAAACUACCAUCUAUCUUUGGCCCCUCAGGUGAGCAUUGAGAGAUGUGUAUUGGCUGCUGCAUCUCUGAUGUUGCCAGAUGUUUGAAGGAUACGUGUAUUUCCUUUUCACUGCCCUUGGUUUUGGUUUUGGAUGACGACCUGCAAAGGCAGUGUUAGUACUUCCAGGAUGACUAACAUAGUCAAAGUUAUUUGGAAUUAUACUUUGUUUGAGCCCCAAUCUCAUGGCCUGUGUGCUUUCCUCUCACGCUCCUCUGAGGCCCCAUCCACCUCCAGACGCUCACUAAAUUGAAUCAGGGAUUGACGUUCUUCAACAAGGGAACGCCAAAAGGACUGCAGAGCAUGAAUUGUUAGAAACACCUUCACAUGAACAUCCUCUGAAGAAUCAAUCAGCUUUACAAAGUUCUGCAUGUCUUCUGGAGUCUCAGCGUGGCUGACGAGCACUGACAGUGUUAGGUCCGCCCCACCUGUGGACAAGCAUGUUCGUGAUACUUUCUGCAUAAUAUUCUCCGCACGCGGGAGGUGACUGCCAUCACCAAUACGUAGCAACCCCUGUGCACGACGAGCAGCUAUGACAAGGUACACCGUGGUUGUCAGACCGUAAGAAGAGACAACUGCAAAAGAAAGAUGUCGACAUCCAGCGCAGGAUUGAGCUUAUCCAAGACUUUGAGAUGCCCACCGUGUGCACAUCCAUAAAGGUAUCUAGAGAUGGACAGUUCAUCUUGGCAGCAGGCACUUACAAGCCGAUGUUUCGAUGUUAUGACACCUACCACCUGUCACUGAAGUUUGAACGCUGCUUGGAUUCAGAUGUUGUGGCCUUUGACAUACUGUCUGAUGACUACUCAAAGAUUGUGUUCCUACACUCCGAUCGUUAUGUGGCAUUCCAUUCACAGCAUGGUUUCUACUACAAGACCCGAAUUCCAAAGUUUGGACGGGACUUUUCUUACCAUUAUCCCUCGUGUGAUAUCUAUUUUGUGGGCAGUAGUUCAGAGAUCUACAGACUGAAUCUUGAACAAGGUCGCUUCCUCAACUCACUUCAGACAGAUGCUGUGGGGCACAAUGUGUGCGACAUCAACCCUGUUCAUCAUUUGUUUGCCAGUGGAACCUCUGAGGGAAGGGUGGAAUGCUGGGACCCUCGUGUCUGGAAACAAGUGGGUCUUCUUGACUGUGCCCUAAGCAGCCUCACAGAAGGAAUGGAAGUUUUAGGUUUGCCCUCAAUAAGCGCACUGAAGUUUAACGGCUCCCUCUCCAUGGCAGUAGGCACCACCACUGGACAGGUGCUGCUGUAUGACUUGCGCUCCAACCAACCACUGCUGGUGAAAGACCACUUCUACAAUCUGCCCAUUAAAUCGCUCAACUUCCACAAUGAGAUGGAUCUGGUUGUGUCGGCAGAUGCCAAAAUAAUAAAAAUGUGGAACAAAGACAAUGGCAAAGUGUUCUCCUCCAUCCAGACUGAGAGCAACAUCAAUGACGUGUGCAUGUACCCCCACUCAGGAAUGCUGUUUACUGCCAAUGAAGAUCCCAAGAUGAACACAUUCUACAUCCCUGCUCUGGGCCCAGCACCACGCUGGUGCUCCUUCCUCGACAACCUAACAGAGGAGCUGGAAGAGAGCCCCGAGAGCACCGUGUAUGACGACUACAAGUUUGUCACCCGCAAGGACCUGGAAGCUUUGGGUUUGUCUCACCUGGUGGGGUCAUCCCUCCUGAGGGCGUACAUGCAUGGCUAUUUCAUGGACAUCAGGCUCUAUCAUAAGGUCAAGAGCAUGGCAAAUCCUUUUGCAUUCGAAGAGUACCGCAAGGAUAAGAUCCGGCAGAAGAUUGAGGAGACCAGAACUCAGAGAGUGCAGGUUAAGACUCUGCCCAAAGUCAACAAGGAGCUGGCUCUCAAAUUGAUGGAGGAGGGAGACAAUGAAGUGGAGCUGGCUUCCAGGAAAAAGAAGGGCAAGGCCCUUCCCACCAUUUUGGGCGACGACCGCUUCAAGAUUAUGUUUGAAAACCCAGACUAUCAGGUGGACGAGCAGAGCGAGGAGUUCCGCCUGCUCAAUCCCAUCGUCUCUAAAGUCAGCCAGAAGAGGAAGAAGAAGCUGCGUCUAUUAGUUCAACAAGAUGCUGCUUCUCAGGAGGCCCAAGAGGAGGAGGAGGAGGAAGGUCAGGCCAGCUCUGAGGAGGAAAGCUCAGACGACGACAAGAGCUGGGUAGAGGAGGUAAGGGAGCAGCGUCGGCUACUGAAGCAAGAGGACCGAGACCGCCGGCGGCAGGAGAGGAAAGACGCUGACCGCAACACCGUCCUGCUGGAGAGCAAGCACAACGGAGGAGAGCAAACCUCCAUUACCGCUGACAACAAGAUGAUGAACCGGCCUCAAUUCUAUCAGCUCAAAAGCGGGGAAGAGUUCCGCAGUUUUAAUGAUGUGGCCCACAAGCAGAAACUACAGAAGGCCUCCUUGGAGGAGCGUCUGAAGUUAGAGGAGCACUCUGGAACCAGCAACAUGGCUGACACUACAGUGGGCAGCAAACAACUAACCUUUACUCUCAAAAAGUCUGAGCAGCAGAAGAAGCAGCAACAGGCAGAGCGGGAGCACCACGAGGAGAGGAAGAAGCUCAGGCGCUCAGCCGGACACUUGAGCAGCGCCCGAGGCAGGGGCUUGGCCAGAGGAAGAGGAAGAGGAAGACGCUGAGGAGGGAAGCUCAGUCUGCAAUUGCCUCAAGUCAGUCACACCAAUUAGGUGUCCUCAAUUGCAGAAUGUUGUUUUUAAAUUGUUGACCCAUUCGCAAGACUUUAAGACUUGGCAAAUACACGUGGAAGUGCCCUUCCUCAAAUGGCUAUGACCAUUUAUAGAAGCUCCCUGCCGAUCAUUGUCCAGACUUUGUACAUCGAAAAGUCAAUGAUCCAAACACAUUAACUGUACAGUAUAUAUGUACAUUGUAUAUUUUUAUCUGUGAUUAGAUGCAACUACCUGACCUUAUUUCAACUAUAUCUUAUAGUUCCAGACCAUGAAUGGGGUAAAAUAUGGGUUUCAGUGCUCUUUGCCGAACAGUAUGUUGUGGUACAAACUUUUACUAAAAUGUGUUUGAUAAAGCGUGUUUCCACUUUAUUUUUACUACCAAGGAUACGUACAGCCUCUAAAAGCAUCUCCAACUGUGAGACUAUUCUUGCUUCUUUUGCCAACCAGAGCCAUCUACAUGUGUCAGCUAUAAAAGGAAGGGAGGGGGAAAUAUGUGAGUGUUUUUUUUUCUUUUCUCCCGCCAACAACUGCAGUUCUUGGAAAUGGGACAGCCGAUGUGUCUCCCACCCUUCCACCCCUUUUUGCCCCCUAUGAGCUGGAUAGCUUGAACCCCCUUCUUGAUCACCAUUGGCCUGUUUCCAAUGUGAGGGAGGGAGGUUUCAGUUGAGCCACCAUAUCUCCCCCAGACUUAUGUCAGGAAACCAUGCUUUUGCACCACAACUAGUAUAUUAUUAGCAUGUAAGGCUGUACAGAUUAACACUAAUGACUUUUGCAACUGUCUGUCAAUGCAUCUAUAUAUACUCUACAUACACACUGUACAUAUAUUGAUUAAUUAUGUAUUAUUUCACAAUAUAAUGCAUGAUUGGUAGUGAAGUUAUGUAAUUUCUAUUUUAGUGAUCUAAUUUUUAUUUUAAAUUUACAUUCACACUGCUCCAGUUUCACCAUGACAACAGACGGUCUACAGGAAAAUAGGUCAAGCCUCACUGGCACAAGUAAGGGAAUGGACGUUCACUGUGAUGCACUUUACCACACAAGCCAAUGGUAAAAGAGGUGAGAAUUUGGUCUCCUUAAAUAUGUCAAAUUACUCCUGAGUUUCGGUUUGGUUAAAAAUGUAAACAUUAAUAUGAGUAAAAAUAACAAAUUAUUUAACAGUCCCCAGAAGUAACAUUUCAGUGUGAUUCAUCAUGUUGUUCAACAUUGUCAUACUUGGUUAAAUGUGCAGUGUUUUACUCGUUGUGGGUUUACCCUGCCUUUUGUACAAAGUCAGCUGGGGUAGACCCCCGCACUCCUGUGACCCUAAUAGGCAUUGACGGAUGGCUGAAUGGAUGGAUGGAUGGAUGGAUGGAUGGAUAGAGUUAAACUUGUACAAUUCCACAUGCAUACUUCAUAUGAAUGCAAUGUUAUAGCUAGUAAGUAUCAUUCGUGACUCACUCUUAACACCUGAGAGCGUAGGUUGUUGGGUCACAACCACGACACAGCUCCCGACACACCCUUUAAUCCACUUAACUACUGACCUGUUGCUUCUUAACCAACAGUAACAUACAACAGAUGCACUGUGUUGUCUGUCACGUUUGCCAUGUUUACCAAGGAGUUCCACAAGGCAAUAGAGAUAGGAUAAAGUGGCUGUGGCUGAAAUAGUGUGUCAUUGAGACUACAAUCACAAGAACACAGAUAUACAAUAAAUUAAUUUCCAUAGGAUUCCUUUAUAAAUUGAAUGUUGUUAUUGAAUAGUUAAUAGAAACCUGUUUAAUAACCUUCUACUCUACUUGCCCAACACAAUAGAUGCCAUACAGUAUAUCACGGUUAGUAGUUAAAAGUCACUUGGACCUCCAUCAGAGUAUCACCAAUGCAGUCACAUUCCUGUGGAGGUCAUCUUGAUACAACUUUGUAGUAUUCUAGGGGCAAUGGUUUUUUGUUUAGUUGAAAGUGAAGCAGUAAGCCUGUGCGUCAGUCUGUGUGUUUUAUGUCUAAAAGGAUCAAAGGAGUAAAAUGUGCUGAUGUCGACAGUUCAACGAUCUUUCAGACCAACAGAGAAAGAAAGAAAAAAAGAUUGCUGUAGUGAAAAUGCAAUCUUUUUUUCUUCUUUUUUGUCACUACAUUUGCUAAGCAAACUAACUCUGGGCAACUCAACCCUGAAAGAAAGACUUUAUGAGUCAGCAGACCGGAUGAAACAACUUUCCUUUAUGACGUGUCAUAGAGGACUCCAAGGAAAUGGUCAUAAUGGACUUUAAAUUCCAAAUGACAUUCAUUGGUAUAUCAGUCAAUCACACCAAUUAUUGACAGCAAAAAACUCUAAACAGGACCUCUUCAUCCCUGCACUGACUGGAACUGCAACCAUUCAUUAGAAGAGCAAUGUGCAGUUUGUAUUGCUGACUUAUGUUGACACCAGGUCACCCCACUCAAUAAAAAACAAAAUGCCAAGCAGUGCAUUGUUAACAGUAAAUGUGACUCACAAAAGUCAUUUAUUUCAGUGAGGUAAACAUAGUAAACUCCGUAUGUAGACACAGAAGCACUUAUCUUAAUACAGUCAUCCCUCGCUACAUGCAGUUUCACUCUAUCACGGUUUUUCAAAAUUAUUAAAUUAGCACUGUUUCGUGGUUGAAUAUGGCCAGUUAUUUGUUUUAAAUAUAUAUAUUUAUAUUUAAGCAUAUGUGUUGUGGCCUAAAUUAAAUGACAUCAAAUGAAAGGCUAAAUCAAACCAUUACCAUACAAGAACUAAACAAAUAUAUAAGGCAUUCAGAAGACUAAUUUAAAGAUGUGAUAUGUAGUAUUCUACACAGAUCACUAGGUGUCAGUAAUAUUACUGCAGUUUAGAGUGUGGGAAGUGACAUCCUGCAUGCUGCGUUAGACCUUGCUAUCAGGAAAUAUGUCCAUAGAAGACGACAACGAGGAGUAUUGAAGUGGUGUGUUUGAACAUGCUGUGUUUUGAGCAUCUUGCCUUGUAAGACAUAGUGGUCUUUGACUAUUUAAAAAAAAAAGGAUGACUAACUUCCAGCCACCCUGAAGUGAUGUCAUUCAGCCUCCAUUACAUUACAUUGAAGAGGCUAUAGCCACUGCAGGAAGAAAAAUGUGAAAAAAAUGUGAGUCUCUUAUGUUUUAUUUGUUUAAUGUGAUUUAUUUUCUGUUAUUAUGUCUACUAUAGGCUGCACGGUAGAGAAGUGGUAAGCGCACAUGCCACAACCGGGUUCGAUUCCCCGCUUUGGAAUCUCUGUGUGGAGUGUGCAUGUUCUCCACGGGUUUUCUCCGGGUACUCCGGUUUGCUCCCACAUUCCAAAAACAUGCUAGGUUAAUUGGUGACUCCAAAUUGUCCAUAGGUAUGAAUGUGAGUGUGAAUUGUUGUUUGUCUAUAUGUGCCCUGUAAUUGGCUGGCAACCAGUCCAGGGUGUACCCCGCCUCUUGCCCGAAGACAGCUGGGAUAGGCUCCUCGACCCUCAUGAGGACAAGCAGUAUUGAAAAUGAAUGUUUACUAUAUUGCAUAAUAUUAGCAUACCCCUAAGAGGCCCCUUUUUUCAGGUGAGAAUUUAUUGCACUUCACACAAACCAGUGGGAAUACGACUUGAAUGCACCAAAACAAAUAUGUUAUUAGAAUAAGCUAUGAUAUUGUACUGUAGUUGGCUGUUUGUAUAGAUGACAAAUUUGUUGCAGAAUUAGAGGAAAGUCACAGUCUUCCAGAGAAGGCAGGGAAGGAAAAGAGUGAGCCAGAUAGUCCAGAUAAGGCUCUUCAAAUAAUGAAAUUAUUGAUGAAGUGUGUUGGUGCCAUGGAAAAUUUAAAAUUUCACCCCGUGUUGGUGGAAAAGUUAACCCAUUCAUGUGAAUGAGACCUCAAAAUCUUUGCACAUUGGCGCACAGCCCCACACAGUUAAAACAUACUUCAUACCUGUUAAUGAACAAUUUACUCAUUGGCUUGAAAAAUUGCCAAUAUGCUAAUCAACCACCACUUAAUUUGAUGAACUUAUCAGUGAGUCAACAUGCUUGCUACAGCUAAGCCGUUCCGCUGAAUUCAACAAGGCAAAUUGACUUCGGGUCAAUAAAUACCACAAGUACCAUCUGCUAAUCUGAGUGUGAAGUAGAUGAACACCCGGACUCUGUUGUGGCAGUCUGGGCCAACCUGAAACUCUUAAGUACUUACUGUAGGUCAGGGCUUCCUGGAAUGUACUUGAUCAAUACUUAUAGAGAUUGUGGUCUUUAACCUCUUGACUCCCCACACAGACUUAACAGGAUAAAUGAACAAAAACGUUGAAAUGUUGGCACCAGCGCUAUGCAGAGUAACAGUGUGAUACUGUGACCUUUAAAAUGUUACAGGAACUUGUGACAUGGGAGAACAUGCAAAGUCAAUAUCGAGCAUCUCUACGAACAACCAUUCCCACUCACAUGUUUCAAGGUUAUAGAAACUUGUUUGAUCCCCUAGACGCCAAAUCAAACUUCAAGCAUUGUGUAUGAAUCCAAGUCAAGCCUCAACUUGCUUAGGUUUGUCAUCAUUCACCAACCAUGCACAUACAUGAGGCAUUUGAAAAACGUACUUUAUUCAAUUCUUCAUAACCCUUUUACAAUAAGGUGCACAAAAUUACACACACAAAAAAAAUUACUGGUUCUUCAUUAGUUCCUCGGUAACUACUCUAAAUGUAUGUGCCUUAGUUCCUCUGUAACUACUGUAAAUUUAUGAGCCUUAGUC